AAGUAGCGGCUGUCGGAGGAACACGUGCCAUGGCGGAGAGAGUGAGAGAACUGCGAGACCGAGUCAUCCUGGGCGAGUACGGCCUGCGCAAUGUCCACACCACAGAUUUCCCAGGGAACUAUCCCGGCUACGAUGACACUUGGGAUCAGAAGAAAUUUGAACAGAAUUUCCGAGUAGAUAUUAUUAAAAUGGAGGACGAUGUCCUGGAGUUCGAUAUGAUUGGAAUUGACGCGGCUCUGGCUAAUGCAUUCCGCCGGAUUCUUCUAGCAGAGAUUCCAACCAUGGCUGUUGAGAAAGUGUUUGUCUAUAACAACACCUCCAUAAUACAAGACGAGAUCUUAGCCCAUCGCCUGGGCCUCAUCCCCAUCCGUACAGACCCUCGCCUCUUCGAGUAUCGCAGUGCAGAGGACGCUGAAGGCACAGAAAUAGACACCCUACAGUUUGAGCUCAAAGUGAAGUGUACAAGGAACCCACAAGCCUCCAAGGAUUCCUCUGAUCCCAAUGAACUGUAUUUAAAUCACAAAGUGUACACCAGCCACAUGAAAUGGGUCCCACAGGGUAACCAGGCAGACCUGUUUCCUGAGGCGGACACACCACGGCCUGUACAUGAUGACAUUCUCAUUGCCCAGCUGAGGCCUGGACAAGAAAUACAUGUUCUGAUGCACUGCGUUAAGGGAGUGGGUAAAGAUCAUGCCAAGUUUUCCCCUGUGGCUACAGCAAGCUACCGCUUACUUCCAGAGAUUACCCUUUUAGCGCCCGUAGAAGGGGAGCUAGCAGACGUGUUGCAACGCUGCUUCUCUCCGGGGGUGAUCGCGGUGGAUUUUGUAAAUGGUAAAAAGGUGGCCCACGUGGCAAGUUCACGAUUGGAUACCUGCAGCCGUGAGAUCUUCAGACAUGAAGAGUUAAAAGACCUGGUACAAAUGAAACGUGUACGAGAUCAUUACAUCUUCUCCAUAGAAUCCACAGGAAUCUUGCCUCCAGAUACGUUGCUCACUGAAGCCAUUAAAGUUCUGAUGGGGAAGUGUCGGCGGUUUCUUGACGAGCUAGAUGCUCCUCAGAUGGACUGAGAGGACAGGAUGGAUCCAUGUCCUAGAACAGCCCCAGCAGAGAGAGAGGGUUUAGACAUCUCAUUGGACAUUACCCGCAUGAGAAGAUUGGAUGGAACAUGCUCUGCAGGGACUCUUUAACCUUGCUAGACAUGAAUGUGGAAGAAAGAACUGAAUUUGCUUUGGAUAGUUAUGCAAAUCAUGGUGUAGAAAAUAAAG